CUAACCGCUGUUAACGUAAACAAUUUUUUAGUGGGAACAGUUUUUGUUCUUUGUUUGAGAAAUGAAAUAGCCUGGUGCCUAUCGACCAGCUUAAGCUCAGGCAAGCCCCGUGGCUUCAUUUGAUUAUACUGACAGGGUUGCCAGGUGUAGUAAAUAAAAAGUACAGGACAGUUAAAUUUGAAUUUCAGAUAAACAGCGAAUACUUUUUUUUUUUAAGACAGGGACAUUUUCCCCCUAUUUUAUUUUAAAUACAGAGAUAUCUUGUCCUCUGGUUUCACUUCCCAAAUGCCGGCAACAGCCAGGGCUCGUCAAGGCUGAAGCCAGGUGUCCACAACUCAAUCCGGAUCUCCCACGUGUCUGACAGAGACGCAAGUAGUUGAGCCAUCACCUGCUGCCUUCCCACUGUGUGUAUUAACAGUAAGUUGGAUCAAAAAUGGAGUAGCUAGGACGAGAAACAAGCACUCCAACGUGGACUGCAGAGCGUCCCACCCUCAUGAAUACAGUUUUAAAUCCCCAAAAUAUAGAGGAUGUCACACUUAUCUGAAUCAGGGGAAAGGAGUGAUGAUGAGGUCAUAGAAGAUGAUGAUGGUUUUUCUUCCCCCAAUCCCUCAGCUGCUGCUGCUGCUCAGGAGGUCAGAUCUGCCACUGAUGGUAAUACCAGCACCACUCCGCCCACCUCUGCCAAGAAGAGAAAGUUAAACAGCAGCAGCAGUAGCGGCAGUAACAGUAGUAACGAGAGAGAAGACUUUGAUUCCACCUCUUCCUCCUCUUCCACUCCUCCUUUACAACCCAGGGAUUCGGCAUCCCCUUCAACCUCGUCCUUCUGCCUGGGGGUUUCGGUGGCUACUUCCAGCCACGUACCGAUACAGAAGAAGCUGCGUUUUGAAGACACCCUGGAGUUUGUAGGGUUUGAUGCGAAGAUGGCCGAGGAAUCCUCCUCCUCCUCCUCCUCAUCUUCACCAACUGCUGCAACAUCUCAGCAGCAGCAACUUAAAAAUAAGAGUAUAUUAAUCUCUUCUGUGGCUUCGGUGCAUCAUGCAAACGGCCUAGCCAAAUCUACCACCGUCUCUAGCUUUGCUAACAGCAAGCCUGGCUCUGCUAAGAAGUUAGUGAUCAAGAACUUUAAAGAUAAGCCUAAAUUACCAGAAAACUACACAGAUGAAACUUGGCAGAAACUGAAAGAAGCAGUGGAAGCUAUUCAGAAUAGUACUUCAAUUAAGUACAAUUUAGAAGAACUCUACCAGGCUGUAGAAAAUCUCUGUUCUUACAAGAUUUCUGCAAACUUGUACAAACAGCUGAGACAGAUUUGUGAAGAUCACAUCAAAGCACAAAUUCAUCAGUUCAGAGAGGAUUCAUUGGAUAGUGUUCUUUUCCUAAAAAAGAUUGAUAGAUGCUGGCAGAACCAUUGCAGACAAAUGAUCAUGAUCAGGAGCAUCUUUUUGUUUCUGGAUAGAACUUACGUUCUUCAGAAUUCAAUGCUGCCCUCCAUUUGGGACAUGGGACUGGAGUUAUUUAGAGCACAUAUUAUAAGUGAUCAGAAAGUCCAGAAUAAGACAAUUGAUGGCAUUCUUCUCUUGAUUGAGAGGGAAAGGAAUGGCGAAGCAAUUGAUAGAAGUUUACUCCGAAGCCUUUUAAGUAUGCUCUCUGAUUUACAAAUUUAUCAAGAUUCUUUUGAACAACGAUUUUUGGAAGAAACUAACCGACUCUAUGCAGCUGAAGGCCAAAAAUUAAUGCAAGAAAGAGAGGUUCCUGAAUAUCUUCAUCAUGUUAACAAACGUCUAGAAGAAGAAGCAGACAGACUUAUUACGUAUUUAGAUCAGACUACACAGAAAUCAUUAAUUGCUACUGUAGAAAAACAACUUCUAGGGGAACACUUAACAGCAAUUCUUCAGAAAGGUUUAAAUAACCUCCUUGAUGAAAACCGAAUUCAAGAUUUGUCUCUCCUGUAUCAGCUCUUCAGUAGAGUUCGAGGUGGCGUUCAGGUUCUCUUGCAACAAUGGAUUGAGUACAUCAAGGCAUUUGGCAGCACUAUUGUAAUUAAUCCUGAAAAAGAUAAAACCAUGGUUCAAGAAUUGCUAGAUUUUAAAGAUAAGGUUGAUCAUAUAAUCGAUAUCUGCUUUCUGAAGAAUGAAAAGUUUAUUAAUGCCAUGAAAGAAGCAUUUGAAACAUUCAUUAACAAGAGACCAAAUAAACCUGCUGAACUUAUAGCCAAGUAUGUAGAUUCAAAGCUUCGUGCAGGCAACAAAGAAGCUACAGAUGAAGAACUUGAGAAAAUGUUGGAUAAAAUUAUGAUCAUAUUUAGAUUUAUCUAUGGCAAGGAUGUUUUUGAGGCCUUCUAUAAGAAAGAUUUAGCCAAGCGUCUGUUAGUUGGGAAGAGUGCAUCUGUAGAUGCUGAAAAAUCAAUGUUGUCCAAACUCAAACAUGAAUGUGGAGCUGCUUUCACCAGCAAGCUUGAAGGGAUGUUUAAAGACAUGGAGCUUUCUAAAGACAUCAUGAUUCAGUUCAAACAGGUAAAAUAUAUGCAGAACCAGAAUGUACCUGGAAAUAUUGAAUUAACUGUGAAUAUCCUGACAAUGGGUUAUUGGCCAACGUAUGUACCUAUGGAAGUCCAUUUACCACCAGAGAUGGUAAAGCUUCAGGAGAUUUUUAAGACAUUUUACCUAGGUAAACACAGUGGCAGGAAACUUCAGUGGCAGUCAACCCUAGGACACUGUGUGCUAAAAGCAGAGUUUAAAGAGGGCAAAAAAGAACUCCAGGUCUCUCUUUUUCAAACACUGGUGCUGCUAAUGUUUAAUGAGGGAGAGGAGUUCAGUUUAGAAGAGAUCAAACAGGCUACUGGAAUCGAGGAUGGAGAGUUAAGGAGAACAUUGCAGUCAUUAGCCUGUGGAAAAGCUAGAGUUCUGGCGAAAAAUCCAAAGGGCAAAGAUAUAGAAGAUGGUGACAAGUUCAUUUGUAAUGAUGAUUUCAAACACAAACUUUUCAGGAUAAAGAUCAAUCAAAUCCAGAUGAAAGAGACGGUUGAGGAACAAGCAAGUACUACAGAAAGAGUAUUUCAAGACAGACAAUAUCAAAUUGAUGCUGCAAUUGUUCGAAUUAUGAAGAUGAGAAAGACACUUAGUCACAAUUUGCUUGUUUCAGAAGUGUACAACCAAUUGAAAUUCCCAGUAAAGCCUGCUGAUCUUAAGAAGAGAAUAGAAUCCUUAAUUGACCGGGACUACAUGGAAAGAGAUAAAGAAAAUCCAAACCAGUACAACUAUAUUGCAUAGAUGUUGACCUUGGCACACUUGGGGUCCUAUGCAGUAGCCAGUGAUAAACUAACCUGUUGAUCCUAUAUUAUCUGACUCUGUUUUUUAUUACCAAUGACCAAACGAAGCGGUGUAAUGGAAAUAGUUGAGUGAACAUUUUUUUCAGUGGUUAACAUGCCCAUUUUUAAGAGUAAUACUUACUUUAAGAAGAAUGCUGUUGAACUCUUUGCAUGUUAUUUAGUAUGAUGUGCAGAAAACUCUUAAGAAAGUACCUGGUCUUCAUGAAUCCUCUUUGGAACAAGGGAAGAGGUCCCUAUGACUAUUAAAAAAAAAGGGAGGGGGGUUCUUAUACACCAUUAAUGAUGAGGCAGAAGGUUUAUUUGCUUAAAAUGUCAUUUAAAGAUACUUAAGCUGCAUGCAAAAUUUAUUUACUGUACAGAGGUCUGGAUGUAUUUAUCAAAUAGAAAAACCACCCUGGACUUGGUUAUUCACCUGUUUUGUGAUUUUCCUUGAAAAGAAAAAUAAGUUGUCAUAACUAUUGAUAUUUUACUAGGUAAUGUUCUGUUACACUGAAAGGAAUAUUUGAAAAAGAACUUACUUGGAAACAAGUUUUCAGGUAGGGGAACAGUUGCUUAUAUAGUAUCAUAUAUUCACAUCCUAAAAUUUUCCAUUUAUGAGUAUGGGAUGUAUGUAUGUGGCUUAGCCCCAGGUUUACUGUGCUGAUUAAGAGGUACUUCUAAAAAUAGCCAAAAUAGAACACUGCUGAUCUGUUGUACUAGAAGAACAUCAUUGGAGAGAAAACUCCAAUACUUUCUUCAUGUUAAAAAUGAGUACAAUAUGAAAAUUACAAAAGUGACCAAAAUCAACAUUUCAUAAAUUUUUACAGGAGCAAAAAAUGCAUCAACUGGUUUUCAACAUACUUAUAGAUUUUAAAUGUUGUUUAGACAGUUUUGUUUUUAACUUGGACCAAUUAUCAAUUAUUACAGGCUUCCUAGGAUUUACCAUUCCUGCUUUCUGUACCAGCGGUUUUUUUUUUUUUUUUUUUGGAAACAUCCCAACUUUUUGUUGAUAAAUGAGCCUUUACUAUCAUCCAUAUUCUAACUUCCUAAAACCCUAGGUAUAAAAGUCCUCCCUCAUUUUCCUCACAUACUCCCUAUUGGGAAUUUUAAAUUCUGUAGUUCCCCUUUGAACAUUGCUUGAAGUUAAGAGUUCUCAUAGCCACUGGACCCCUGCUUUUCAGGGGAAUGUCCCAAGAUUGUUUAUACAAGGAAAAAUGACAAAAGUAUUGUUUUUCAAAAUCAUAAUGUGAGUAAAAGGCUUCUCUUUAACAUCCA